GGAUGAACAUGGAAGCAUUUCUGAACCCUAAAGAUUCUGCCAAGUUUAUAAUGCAGAACAGCCAAGAUGUAUAUGUGGAAGAAGAUGGUGUGCGGAAAGUUGCUGAAAUGUUGUUUGAUAAAGUCUUAGAAAAGGACUUCAGUAUUGCUGGAUGGAAGUCUUCUCAUGAACUGAAUCCUCAAGUAGUGAGUGAAGAUGCAGUGAACUGGGUUUUCCUUGUAGAUGCACUCAAUUUUUCCUUUUGGUCUGAGUGUGAAGACCAUAAAUGUCUGGUGAAGUAUAAGGGCAAAAUGUACAGUGGUUACUGGUCUCUUUGUGCUGCUGUCAACCGAGCACUUGAUGAAGGAAUACCCAUUACUAGUGCUUCAUAUUAUGCUACCAUGACAUUGGAGCAGGUGAGGCAUGCAUUUCGCUCAGACACAGAUGUCCCCAUGCCUUUGCUUGAGGAAAGGCAUCGUGUGCUUAAUGAAACUGGGACAGUUCUUCUGGAGAAAUUUGGAGGCUCUUUCCUCACAUGUGUUAAACAAAGUGGAAAAAGUGCUAAAAAAUUGCUACAGCUUAUUGUGGAAAAUUUCCCAUCAUUUAGGGAUGAGGCUACUUUUCAGGGUAAGAAGGUGGCUUUUUACAAACGGGCGCAGAUCCUUGUUGCUGACACAUGGAGUGUAUUGGAGGGAAAAGGCGAUGGAUGCUUCAGUGACAUUUCCAGUGUAACCAUAUUUGCUGAUUAUAGGAUACCUCAAGUUCUAGUUCAUCUAGGAGCCAUGAAAUAUUCUGAUGACCUAAUGAAAAAACUCAAGGAAGGGCACAUGUUUCAGUCUGGAGACAAACAAGAAGUGGAAAUUCGGGGUUGUUCUAUUUGGUGCUGUGAACUCAUUUGCAAUCACUUACUGGACCUUUAUAAAAAGAAAGGCAAGAACAUGAGUGAAAAAAUCAAUGCAGUUCUCCUUGAUUAUUAUCUGUGGGACUAUGCUCGGGAUCAUAGGGAAGACAUGAAAGGAAUUCCUUUUCACUGUGUACGUUGCAUAUACUAUUAAUAUACUUUGAAGAAUACAAAAAUACAGUUUCAAAAUUAUAGAUACUUUUUUCUGUAUACAUGCUUUGAUUUAGAUUCUGGCUUCUGAUCUUGGAUUGUAAUAAACCUUGAUUGAUUGCAUACACAUUUGAAACUUGCAAACUUUUAGCUGGGAGAAUUCCCAUGUUUUCCCCUCUCCCCUCAUUCUGGACUUUUAUUAGCUAUUGUAGUGUAAACAUGUCCUGUCCACUGUAUCACAGGAAAGGAAUUUUAAUUUUCCAUACUGAUUGUUUGCUUCUUUGAUUACUUUGUUUCAGCCUGUAUUAUUUCUAUAGUUACUAUGCUAAAGUUGCUGUUUGCAUUCAGACAAGAUUGUUUCAGUAAAGAGAUGGUGUGAAAUAAUACAAUCAAUAUUUCUUAAUUGUGUCUUUUCAUAAGGUGAGUUUCAUCUGAAGUCACAAACAGUAAAUGUUUCCUAAUUAA